AUGCAAAAGCAAAAGAUAAGUAAGUUUAGUAAAAUUUAAGUCACCCCUAUAGCUAUCAGAAAAUCAAACAAUUCAAGUUCUAACAAAGAAUCCGACACUGAGUUCAUUGAAUAAGUGAAAAAGAAACAGGCUGCUUUGAGAGAAGAAAUUCAAGAUCCACAAAUCUAGAAAGGAAUGCUGAUAGCCACUGAUGAAGAAAUGUAAAAGCUAAUAAAACUCGGCUACCAAAAUAUAAUGCAUUUAAAAGAGUACCACGUCUAUUUGCUGCAAAAAAAUUAGGAAGGUAACUUUAAAAUCAUUCAUAAAUCUUUUUUUAAGAGUUUGAGACUGAAGAACAGAUAGCUCAAAGAAAGAUAUUUCUGCCAUCGAGAGCAACUUAGAAAAAAACCUAAAAGGGGAAACAAAAAGAUACUGGUAGCUUUAUAUAAGAUAAUGGGUAACUCAGUACCGCUGAUGAUAACUUCAAGCAGUACCUACUCAGUAGCAAGGACUCCAAUUCAAAGAAGAAGUAUAUCUUCGAUAUUGUAAUCAUAUUUUAGGACCAGCCCUCCAGUGAAGAUUGCCAGCGCAACCAGAAAGUCAGGUCUGAUAAAUAACGAAUCAAAUGCUCAAGAAAGCCAUGUUGAGAUCAACACUGAAAUCGUGCCUUAGAAUAACAACAAUCCCGAGUUCCAGAUGUCACUGAGAAAAAGAACAAGAGAUAUGCUAAUAGAUGAGUCAAAUUACAUGAAGGAAUGCAGUAAUUAGUAUGACAUUAUCUACCAGUUUGAACAAAACAGCAGUGCUACAAGGAGACCAUAAAAGGCAAGAAAGCCGAACAACUACCAGCAAAAUCAGGGUUUCUACAUCUUAAAUACUCAACUAAGCAACAUUUCUCCGGGAAAAUGGACUUCCGUCAACUCCUCCACUAAGCCGUAAGUAAGAGGUGCAAACUCGGCCCUAUCACAGAAUGACUAGAGAACUAAGACCAGAACUAUGAAGAAAAAUGAGGGUCCUCAGAAUGCCAUCAGAGUAUCAUUGACUUAACAGAAUGGAGAAAAUUUUGAAUACCUAUUGACAGACUACAAUGGAUCACCUCAAGAAUAGCUGAUGCAACUAGCCAGUCAUCUUAAGGACUAACAAAACUAGUUUUAACAAUAGUAGCCUUAAAAGCCAGAGUAACAGUGA